AUGAAAGGUUUGAACACUAUUUCAUUGUCCUCAAAAAUCUGUUUUUGAAGAGUUCGUCUCCGGCCAGAUUAAUAGCAUCGCAUCGGAUCAUGAAAAAGUAAGUGUAUUUGAGAUGAUCUUAUCAUAAUUUGGCCUUAAAGAUGGUAUCGGGGUGGAAGAGCGUCGAGUUGAGCGAAGAGAACAUCAGACAUCUCUUCAAUCUGUUCUCGAACUGCAGUAGGCAAGAGAUUCGGUGGUUUGAAGAACACAACUUUUUGGGAGAAGAGAAGAAAGAAGUGAUAGAUUUGAUUACGAAGAAACUGACACGCAGUGAAGCCAAUGAUGAACCGAAAAUAGUACAAGAGGAGAACGGAAAUCAGAUUGUCGAUGAAAACAAGUGAGUUAAUCUUCUUUUCUGACUCUCAACACUUCAAAAUUGAAUUGAAGACAGCAAGAAGUUGCUCCUCUCAAGCAGCAAAAUAAGAACAAACAGAAGAAGAAGAAGAAGAAGAAACCUGAAAUGCAACAGCAAUCUGAAAAGUGAAAUUUAUUUAGGAAACAAACAAUUCGUCAAUUUUUGUUUCGUUCAGGAAAAGUAAUAACACCCCUGAAACAACAGAUGAGAAGUCGGAAGAAAACGGAGAUGGCCACGGCCAUAAUGAGGCUUAUGAAGUCGCUGAGACGGAAAACGAAAGCAGUGAGCCACAGGACUUUGACAUUGCGCUUGAAGACCUGUUGGGUGAUGCUAACAAAGAAAAAGAAGAAAGUUAGUGUUAUUAUCUGUUAAACGACUUUUAUGACCGGGGAGCGCAGAGCAAUGAAAAAGUGGGGACGGAGGAACAGAGAAAUAAAAAUUUGUGAAAAAGUGUUUUUUUUUCAGAGACUGUUGACGAUUCUCUUUCUGCUCCGGAAACCAAUCAGAGGAAAAUUUCAGCGUUAGUCCCCAUAUCCCCAUCUAAUAAUAAAAUAGACUUUAGAGAUGCGUCGGCCGAAAAAGAAUACUUUAUUGAACCAAUAGUCAACAGUAAACCUUUGCCGUAAGUCUGAAAAAGCAACUGAGGGAAACAAUUUCAUUUUCAGAAAAGACGAUGACGGCUUCAAAGAGCCGAUGAUGUUGGCGGAUACGUACAUGAGUCCAGAGUCGAACCAUUUGAAAAUGGAUCUUCGUAGACUGGCCAACGACAUUUCUAUUGAAGAAAAACACAUUCGAGACAAAAUGGAAGCUGGAGAGCCAGUGAAUAUGGACAAUGGAGUGCUUGCUGACUUCAUCUCCCGUGCAAACACUGUUCUGAAAGAGACUGAAGCGGUGACGGUGCGAAAGAUUGCCGAGGCGGAGACGCGGAAGUUUCUGUCGGCAGUGAAUGUAACUCCUGGGCCAUGUCUCGAGACUAUUUCCAAUGAACUCAUGCAGGAUAUCUGGCCCAAAACGAAUAGAUGGAGAACUGUAGCCAGGUAUUAUCAUUUUCUCUGAUGUCCAUGCUUUAUGCUCUUUUUCAGAUCGAAAUACUUUCCUCAAGAGCCUGAAGAAAUAGAUAAGAAAACAAAAAAGAAGCGUGAGGAACAGAUAGAGCGUGCAGUUCAAGCGGCAAUCAAAAUGGCUGGCGAAUCGCUGUCCAAGAAACAGAUUGGACAAAUUCGGAAAGCUGCAAUAGUAUAUCGAGACUUCGAUGAAAUGGAGCAACGUGAGAUAGCAUCAAAACGAGAUGCUUUGACAGGGAAAACAAACCACUUUCAGGAGAACUCGACUUCAGAUCAGAACAUACUUUGAAAAUGGUGGAGUACGUGUCUGGUUAUGAAGCAAAGAAUCAGAUGGACGAAAUCACUUGUCUCCGUCUUUCGAUUGCGUUCUGCACUAAACGUAGAGACUAUUACCUUAAAGUCAGUUAUCACGGUUUGCAAUUGUCUCAAACAAAAUAUUCAGAUGCGUCCGAAGAAUUUUAUGCAGUUCUCCUACAUGUACAUCUAUCUCCUGGAGAAGUUGAACUCGAAAACAGCUCAAAUCUGUGCGUGCCUCAACUACCAUAACAACAGCUGCUCCAACUUUGACGAACUCGAAGAACUUCUUUUGAAUCUCUUCCACGAAGAUUACUUUCUUGAUGGCAAAGAUUUUUGA